UCAUCUUCCAAGCGUAACAAGGACGGUGUCCUGCGUGUUGAUAAAAAAAAGCCCAAAACGUGGAACCGCUGGAAUCGCUGGAAAGACACAGAGUCCUUUCUUUGGGAAAACGAAGACGACGCCAAGGACGACUACGAUGAAUUUUUUCGAUACCUUGGGGUCAACAAGGUUUACAAGACAAGCGGUAGAACGCGCAAGUACGUCCGGCUGAUGAUGAAAAAGUUGCGCAGAUAUUCCUACUAUGGAUUGCAAAAGUAUCGCACUCGUAUAAAUGCAUAAUUACAAAUUUCCUCAGCAUGAGAAAUAGAAUUUGUAAUGCGGAUUUCACUUGACAAAAAGAUUUGCAUGAUUGCAAUACGAGUGCGAUGCUUUUGCACAGGAUACCUACGGGAACUAUAUGGACGUGGUCGACAUCGCUGCCACCUCCAAUUGCGAUUACGCGGAGGAGUGCAACCCGGUGAGCAGCAUGCAGCGGAUGCAGUCUUUGUACAGCUGGAACAAGACCGAUUCCAGUUGGAACUGGGUUUCGCCGCCGUCCGACGAAGUCACUGCCGGAAAUGACCUUCUUGGCACUCUCGCUCUUCCCACC